AUGUGGACCGAUUCCGAAGGAUCCCAGUGGAGUUGCAACUUCUUGUUGUCCUUCUGGUGGAAUGGUUUCCGAAUGGAGUGGAUUUUCCGUGAUACCGUAACUAAUAUCUUUAAACGAACUCGCAAGUGUGUCUCGAAACAAAUCGGAUGUCCAUGUACUGGAUCAGCUCUCAUCCAAACGCAAUCUACAUGUCCUUGUAAAGAGUUCGAAGAUGUCAGUUCAAUUGUUCGGUUCAGUCACAGAACGUACGAUCUUCCGUUUAUAGUGGACCAAUCCACAGCCAAUUGUUAUGGAUACAGUGACCUGCAUUUCGAUGGAACUGUUGGACGACCGUGUAACGAUUACCCCACUUACAAAACUUUUCGAGCUACAGUAAUACGAUAUUUGAAGCCAAAUAACGAUACAGUUCAAGACUUCCGUGUGUUCGAUUGCCAAUCAACAUCGAGAACAAAGCGAGUCACUUUCUAUUGUGAUUUGAAGUCCGAGUAUUGGAGAUUGGAAGGAACCAAUGAGGAGGUUCGAGGAUGGAAUCAGAUUGAUAUUCGAUCAAAUUAA